CUUGGUCAUAUGAUGGGUGCUGGGCAGCUUGCUGGUUCAGCUGUUUGUGUUACUCUGCAAAGUUAAAGGAAGGGAGAGCAAAGUGAUGUGAGCAGAAGAGCUAAAUAAAAAGGAGAGAGAGAGAGAGAAAGAGAAAGAGGGAGACGAACUCUGUGCAUUUUCACUGGACAGGCACAAAGAUGGCGGGGUUGUUGAAGCAGUAUCGUGAGAGAAUACGCACUGAGCUGGACAGAGUUGUGGAUUUCUGGCUGAAAUACUCUCAUGACGAGCAAUAUGGUGGCUUUUUUACCUGCAUUGGGAAAGAUGGGAAGAUCUAUGAUGAGCUGAAGUACGUCUGGUUGCAGGGCAGACAGGUGUGGAUGUACUGCAGGCUCUACCGCACUGUCCCGAGGUUUCACCGGCCAGACAUUCUUCAAGCUGCUAAAUCAGGUGCCGCGUUUCUCCAGAAAUUUGCUCGAGUGGAAGCCUCAGACGGGCCGGGGAAGUGUGCGUUCUGUCUGACGAGGGACGGCCGAGCUGUAAAGGUGCAGAGGACCAUCUUCAGCGAGUGUUUCUACGUCAUGGCCAUGGAUGAACUUUCUAGAGUCACAGGAGACAAAGCCAUGCAGUCUGACGCAGAGACCAUGAUGGACCAGUUGGUGCACUGGGUUCGAGUUGACCCAUCAGGUCUGGGUCGUCCUCAGCUUCCUGGGGAUCGUCCUGUUAACAGCAUGGCGGUUCCCAUGAUGCUGCUUUGCCUGGUGGAUCAGCUGACCGAAGGCAGGGAAGAGCUCGCAGAGAAAUACACAGAGUUGGGUGAAUGGUGUGUGUCUCAGAUCCGGCAGCAUGUACAGAGAGACGGAAAAGCCAUUCUUGAAAAUGUGUCACUGGAGGGAACGGAGCUGCCUGGCUGUCAGGGACGCUUGCAGAACCCAGGUCAUGCCUUGGAGGCUGGCUGGUUCCUGCUGCAGUACGCGAAGGCACGAGGAGAUGCCGAGCUGCAGAAUGUGGCUGUGCAAAAGUUCAUGGAGGUUCCCUUCCUCACCGGCUGGGAUAAAGAACAUGGAGGACUCCUCUACUUCCUAGACGCUGACGGUCACUGUCCCACCCAGCUGGAGUGGAACAUGAAGCUGUGGUGGCCUCACUGUGAAGCUCUCAUCUCUUAUCUAAUGGCCUACGAUCACCUCCGAGAUCCUGCGAUGCUGCAGAGAUUCACGCAGGUCUACGACUACACCUUCACACACUUUCCUGACGAAGAGCAUGGCGAGUGGUUCGGUUAUCUGAGUCAGCAGGGGAAAGUGGUGCUGGAUUUUAAAGGGGGACCUUUCAAAGGGUUCUUCCAUGUUCCUCGAUGUCUCUACAUGUGUGAGAAGAUGCUGGAUCAUCUGAUACCAACACUCGAGUCCUAAAUGUAACCACAAACUGAUGGAUGACAUUUUAUGCACUCCCCCCCACCCCCCACCCCAUUGUUUCACACUCACACUCCAAAUCUGUACUGAACUGAAAUCUAUGGUAAAGGGAGCAGUCCAUGCACACACUAAACCCUGUUUAUGAGCAUGUAGUAGAGCGAGGCUUAGAUUCCAUAGACAAGUUGUAGCAUGUGCAAUCAAAACUACAUUUCUUACACGUCACUACACUCUCGUGGAAGCAGCAGAACAGAUGCAUUUCCUGAUACUGUAAUGAGGUAGUUUAGGGGUUUUGAGGUCAAACCCCCAGGUCCACCAAGCUGCCACUGCUGGGCCCCUGAGCAAGGCCCUUAACCCUCAACUGCUCAGAAAAUGAGAAAUUAGAGUCUGGAUAAAUUAGAGUCUGGAUAAGAGUAUAUGCCAGAAAUAUAAAAUCUUUAGUGUGCUCAUCAACGCAAGGCAAGCUGGUCACAAGCAGCUCAGGGGCAAGCAUGCGUUUUUAUUUUUUUUUCCAAUUUUCUCAGCUGGACGCAGAAAUCCUUAUAGAAAGAACCUAGCUUAAGCUUUUUGGGCCAAUGUAGGUCAUCAUCACACUGCACUGAUGUUCAACUAAAUGGAGUGAAUUUCCAAUAUUCCGUCUAUAUAAGCUGCUAUUAUUCCUGAACGGUGACAAUUUAACGCUCAGUUUACGGCUAUAAAUAAGCCGCGUCAUCAAACGGCUAGUCAGACCGGAGAGAGUAAAUAAAAAUGGAAAAGAUAUUUGGAAAUUGUUCCAUUUGCGAGAUGACGGCUUCAGCCCUUUGUGGUCUGAUGAGCAGCUUACAUAAACACAUCAUUAGAUUUUUAUUUUUUUUGUAAAGAGGAAACUGUUUUUUACCGAACCAUGACCAUGUUUUCCUAUAGUUCCUCAGCUCUAACUAAAGAAUAUCAGAUACUUUCCCAGACCAUUGGUCUGCCUGCUGAACUGAACCAGAUUAUUCAGUACAGGAGCUGAUACUGCAGCUGUAUUUUGAGAAGAGAAACCCUAGAGUCUUGUCUAUAUCCUGCGUGUCCUGUUCAAAUGAUUAUUAAAUCUCUGUAGUCACUUUAUACACAUCCCUUAACAUUAAAAAAAACCUGAUGAUUUGUUUUACUGUGGCAAGUUGAGCAGGCCAAAUGUAGCACGGGAUUUCAUGGAUGUUUCUGAUCUAAACGUCAUAACAUUUCUUCCGAGUAAUUCUGAAAUUUCUAGCCGUCUGAUCUCCGUCCACAAAUUUCAAAUCCUGCGUUUAACCUAUUUUAUCCAUCUACAUUAACAUUGUCAGCUUAUCAUCCUAUUUUUUUUGUUUCUUUCAACUUAACCAAAAUCCUGUACUCUUAUAAAUGUAUAUAUAGUUGAGUUUUACAUUUGAUGUAAAUAUAACCACUCCACAUUUCA